AUUUAAUUUUUAUUUGAAUAUGUAAUAAUUUUACAAGUACGUAAUAUAAUUAAAUACUAAUAAGCUUAUAUAGGCUGAACGGAGAGUACUGAAUAUCUGUGAAAGUUAUAAAAAUAAGCUGAAAAUGGAACCAGUCUGGCAUAAACCAGAUUUAGCUGAGCAAAUUAUUAAAACAGAUGAUGUAUCUCAGCUAUCACAAAGUAUUGCAGAGGAUAUUGUUUCCGGCAGACUUGAUAUAACCAGUAUGACUGAAAGCAUGGCUAGUGUUUUAACAAAUCAGAAUGUGCAUAUUAGAGAACGUGGGAUGAUAUUCUUCACACAAAUCCUUAAAGAAAUACCCAAAGACUAUUUGACAGAGAAGCAAAUAAAAUUCAUAUCAAAGUUUUAUGUUGACCGUUUACAAGAUAACCACAGGGUGAUUCCUGCAGUGCUCGAGGGAUACCUUGCUUUUGUUGAUAUGAAGAACUAUGAUGUAAAGUGCAGUGGAGAAUACUUUACUGCAUUGUUUAGAGAUGUAGUAUGUCAAUCGCAAGUACGUCAGGACAGAUAUAAUAUUUAUAUGACUGUAAAAAAAAUAUUGGAUUUGGAUGCUACAUAUUUAAAGAGUCUUGGGCCAGAUUUUAUAUGCGGACUUAUUGUGUCAAUGAACGGAGAGAGAGAUCCGCGCAAUUUGUUAUACCUCUUUAACUUCCUGCCUGAGUUCCUACGCAAAGUUCCUUUGGGGCAUCUGGUUGAGGAAGUCUUUGAAGUCAUAUCAUGUUAUUAUCCGAUCGACUUCCACCCUUCGCCAAACGACCCCGCUGCUGUGUCGCGGAACGAUUUAGCAGCAGCUCUUUGCCCCUGUUUAUGUGCUGUGCCAGUAUUUGGAGAACAGUGUCUCAUUUUGCUCAUAGAAAAGCUGGAUUCUAGUUUGCGAGUGGCUAAAAUUGAUUCUUUGAAGUUAUUGGCCGAGAGUUGCAAAACAUUUAAAACAGAGAGCUACGGUCCAUUCUUAAAGGCAUUAUGGUCAUCUAUACAAAGAGAGAUAUCGCACAAAACUGAUGAUGAAUUAAAAUUGGCAGCGCACGAAGCUCUAUCCGCACUCACCGCCAAACUAUCCACGUCGGCAGACUCUGACCAGGCGUUCGAAAACUUCACCAAAGGAAUACUUAUUUCCAUGCAGACCGCAGUAGCAGAAGCGACAACGGUCGUUCAAUUUGUCCAGGCGACCAAAAUACUGUUAACGGUAGCCAACGCUUCAAAACAAUCGUGCGAAAUAAUAACGAAGUCAAUGAUACCGGCCGUCAUAGCGUAUUAUGAAUUUAAAACAUCGCCGAAACUACAAAUAGCCAGUUUGGACUUCUUAGGAGAUUUGUACGACAUGGCUGAACAUUGGAAAGUAACCGAGUGCAUACAAAAGCAAGUGGACGAAAUACCACAGUUGUGCCUUAACGCCGUUAGCGUGCCUUCCAAAGAAUACCAGUUAGCCGGAUUCAAAACUCUAAUAAGAGUGAUGAGUGUUUUGAAAACAGAUCUCGUCGUACCAUUCGUUGAAAUCUUAAUCUACAAUGUCCAAAAUUCCCAAGACGAUGACUUGCUAAGUUUUAGCGUUGAAGCCGUCCAUGCAAUCUCUCGAAAAUAUCCCGAGCUUAUGAUGAGCUUGGUAGUUCAGGGAAAAUGUGAUCUUAAUAACUUGACGCGCGACAAAACAGCGUUGCAGAAGCGAUUAAAUUUACUCUCAAAUCUUGCGAGUAUAGACGACUUUACCAAAAUAAUCAUCGAAGAGAUGCUCAAAGCUAUAACGACAAAUGACGAGGAAGCUUCCAAGGUCGUUGAGGCGCUAAACAGUUCCAUAUCAAAUGGUAGUUUAUAUUCAGAGAACAAAGUAGCACAAAUAGAAAGCGAUCACGGCUUAAUAGAUUCGGUAUUAACCUGGCUGUUAAAAGAGAUUAAAACUGCCUCUCAAGAGUCUUUGGACAACGGUUGCACUUUGAUAGCCAAUACAAUAUCCAGUUUGCCUUCUGAGAAGCAGUUGAAAACUUUAUCAAGGCAUACAAAUGAAAUUUUGGACAAGUGUAAAACUGAUAAUGUCUACUUUCAAGUGUUAGAAUGCCUUUAUGUAUCGGUUAAUCAGGACGUAUAUAAUACGCAUUUCGAAGAGAUCAUGACGUUAUCACUGAGUUUAGCUCUCAGCGAGACAGAUGCCGUGAGAUUAAAGGCUUGUUAUUUGGUAGCGAAUUUCUUGAAUAAAGCUGAGAGUGGGCAGAAGUUCGAAUUGAUGUAUGAGAUUUUGAAGAACUACCUGACAAGUUGCUGUAGGGAUGAUGUGGACUUGUGUCCGAGGCUUAUUAGUUUAUAUGGAUGGAUCACCAAAGCGCUGAUAUUAAGAUCAAGUGAUCUGUUCCAAUUUUGGCUGAACAAGAUAGUUAUAUCCAUAUCGAAUCCAGAGUGCAGUAAAGCAGGUUCGGAAUCUAUUCGCACCAUUAUGACUGAACUGCCAAACUGUCUGAGUGCGAGGCAACAUUGCAGAUCGAGUUUACUCUACAAGCAGAGAAUGUUCCAGGCGUUUGCGAGUAUGUCUGAAAAACUGGGUCCAAUUACCCAGGACAAAGAAGCUUAUUACUUAAGUUGGGCAUAUGUAUUGGAGAAAACGCCCAAAAGUUUACUUAAUAAUGAAAUUAGUAAGAUUGUUCCUUUAGCUAUAGAUGCCUUAGAAUACGACAAUAAAGAUCUGCUUCUAGUAAUGAUUGACUUACUUACCCACUUUGUGCGAGCAAACAACAGCAUUAUGACCGAAAGCUUACAGACUAUAUUGCCGAGGCUAAUUAAUUUGACGACGUACGCUAAAUCAAUGGAUAUCCGAACAAAAAGUCUGCAGUGCGUUUACGAAGUCGCCAACUGUUGCGCCACUCCGCAUCUGCUGCCUCACAAGCAGACGGUUCUGCUGGCCUUGGCACCGGCGCUCGACGAUCCCAAAAGGCUCACUAGACGCGCAGCCGUCCAGGCCCGUACGAGGUGGUUCCUUGUGGGCGCGCCUGGGGAAGAAUGAGAUACUUAAUUAAAUAAAUUUUAAUAUCAGCGCAAUUUUAUCUAUUAGAUUGGCUCUGCAAUUAACCGGCAUCCUUUGUUGAGACAGUCCUCAGAAAUAAACAAACCAAUAUCUUCUUCGGUCUGUUAAAGUCCAACUGCUCUAUUGAACUGAUUCUUUAGUGCGUUUACGAUCUGGCCAACUUCUGUUACUGGUCGAGCGUGUUGACCUUGAUAUGAGUACUGCAAGAGAAUCGCAAGGCAUUCAGCCUUCAAGGGACGAGGUGGUUCCUUCUGAUUACUUCGGGGGAAGAACAUUAAAUAAAUGCAUAAACAAACUACUGUUUUCCUCAGUCUAUUAAAGCCCUAGUACUGCGUAUUGAACUGAUAAUGCAGUGCGUUUACCAAGUGGCCAACUUUUGUUGCGAUCAAGCGUGUUAACCUUCCUACUAGUACUCAACGAUUGUAAGGGACUCGCGAGAUCUUCUGAUAACUUCGGGGAAAGAAAAACAUAUAAUAAAUACAUAACCAAACCAUUGUCUUCCUCAGUCUGUUAAAGUCCUAGUACUGCGUAUUGAACUGACAAUGCAGUGCAUUUACGAAGUGGCCAACUUCUGUUGCCGAUCAAGCGUGUUGACCUUGCUACUAGUACUCAACGACUGCUCUAUUGAACUGAUUUAACAGUGCGUUUAAGAAGUGGCCAACCGAGUUGACCUUGAUACGAGUACUUACAGAGACUCGCGAGGCAUUCAGCCUCCAAGGGACGAAGUGGUUGCUUCUGAUUACUUCGGGGGAAGAACAUUAAAUAAAUACAUAAACAAAC